AUUCCCUUCUCUCCAAUUCGAAACUCUUCUUCACACUCCGGAGCUCCUCAGUCCACUUCGCCCGACGCCGAUAAUAUACGAAAAUCUCAUAUUAAUCCGAUAAAUUAAAAAUAAUUCCUCCCCGUCAUGAUCGCCGAUGCGAAGACCGCGAACGCCGUCGGAGGGAGGACGGCACGGGCCUGUGAAAGCUGCCUCAAGUGUCGGGCACGCUGGUACUGCCCGGCUGAUGAUGCCUUCCUAUGUGGCGCAUGUGACGCCUCCGUGCACUCCGCCAACCAGCUUGCACGGCGUCACGAGCGUGUACGCCUCGAGGCUGCCCCUAAUCCGUCGACAUCUCAUAAGUCCAAUGGCCGUUCACUGAAGACCUCCACUGAUGAUUCCAAUUCCGUGCCCGCUUGGCACGGGGGAUUCACCCGCAAGGCUCGGACCCCCAGGAAGAAGUUCCCGGGAGCCGAUGGGGGUUUAGCGGCUAAGCUGCCUUCACCUGGGGAUCUUGUUCCGGAGCUCAGCGGCGAGUUUGAUGUGUCCACUGGCUCGAUGGACGAGAGCGACGAUAUUGGGCUCCAGUGCCGUGUCCCGGUGCUUGACCCUUUUGCGGAGGUGGGCGGCUGUGAUUUGCUAGGACUUGGAGGGGGGAAUGGUGGCACGUGUGACGACGAGCUGGACAUUGGGCUGCUGCUCCCAUCGGAGGUGGACCUCGAGGAGUUUGCGGCAGAUGUGAAGAGCUUGCUCGGGAAGGAGGGAUUGGAUUUGGAUGAAGAGACCGGCACCGAAGUGAAAGUCAAAGAUGAACUGUCGGGAGACGAUAUUAUGUUAGAGCUGGGCGACGAUGAGACGGCAGAGGGUUGUAAUUUUGAGGUGGCUGCAGCAUGGGAAGUGGCAGCGGAGGCGGCAGUGGGGGAAAUGGAGUUCAGGUCACCGGUGGCGGCUGUAGGAGGAGACGAAGUUGAGGAGGAAAAGCUGGUGCCCGCGGCGGCAGCGGGUGGUGAUAAUAAAAGCAGUAUCCAUAGUAACGAAAAUGAGGUGAAGCCAACAAAGAUGCUGCUACGGCUGAAUUACGAGGAUGUAAUCACGGCUUGGGCGAGCCACCUCUCGCCAUGGACGAAUGGAACUCGCCCCAACCUUAGCCCCGGCGAUGAAUGGCCCGACUGCAUGGGUUCUUAUGCAUCUGAUGUUCACAAUCAGCACAAUUAUGGUGGAGACGCAAUGGGACUGAGAGGACAUUCAGUCGGAGGUGAUGAUAAGGAGCGAGAGGCAAGGGUGAGCCGGUACAGAGAAAAGAGGAGGACCCGAAUGUUCUCUAAGAAGAUUCGCUAUCAAGUUCGGAAGCUCAACGCCGAGAAAAGGCCACGGAUGAAGGGCCGGUUCGUCAAGAGAACUCCCUGCUUUUCCUGAGGAAGCUACAAACAACUUAUUCUCCUUUCUUUGAUUUCCUUCCUUCCGACCUACUGGUUAGCAAAUAAUCGACUCGAUCUGGACUUUUCCCUCGUCUGCUAGCUUGCUACCGGAGAUCAGAAAAGCAGGCCUGGCUCUGUGUCUUAGUUAAUUUUCCGGUCGGUCAUGACUGAUCUCCUACUAGAAGCAGUUUUUUAAGUCUGUAUGGCUACCUAUUGUCAAGACUAACCGGUUUUUGCACAGAUUGUAGUAUACCAUCGUGGCAAGAACAGAUCAAUGCAACGCUUCCAUGCUUUGAAAGUUUUAUGCGUUACCCUUUACACUAGAGGGGUGCGAGUCGAUGUAAUAAUAAGUUUGGUAUUGUGCUUCGCUGGAACUUCGAUGUUCAAGCUGGCUAGCUCUUUUUUUCCUUCGCAAUGUAAUGUUCCAAAGUAGUUUGUACUAUAGUUGGGGCAGGCAAAAGGUUGUGUGUAUAUAUAGAAAUCAAAUUUGUAA